AUGGCUAAAUACCCUAUAAAGCAGCCACUGAAAAAUCUAACAGACUCUCUGAGCAAGCAAAUGACACAGAUUGACACAGACCUAAAAUCAAGAGCCCAGACCUACAACAAUAUAAAAGGCAACCUGCAGAGUCUGGAGAGAAAAACCGUGGGCAAUCUUCUAACCCGAACCCUAGCUGAUAUUGUAAAUAAAGAUGACUUUGUGUUGGAGUCGGAAUACCUCAUUACUCUUCUGGUAGUUGUCCCAAAGGCAAGCUACAGUGCAUGGCAAAAAACCUAUGAAUCACUAUCUGAUAUGGUUGUACCUCGUUCAACCAAGAUGAUUGCAGAGGACGCAGAAGGAGGUUUAUUUACUGUUACCCUCUUCAGAAAAGUCAUUGAUGAGUUUAAAAUAAAAGCUCGAGAAAACAAGUUCAUAGUGCGGGAGUUUUUUUUCAAUGAGAAAGAGCUGCAGUCUGAGAAAGCUGAAAUCAUUAAGCUGGAGGCAGAUAAGAAGCAGCAGUAUGGUCCUCUCCUGCGCUGGUUGAAAGUAAACUUCAGUGAAGCAUUUAUUGCCUGGAUUCAUAUAAAAGCCUUGCGGGUAUUUGUGGAAUCUGUCCUCAGGUAUGGUUUACCGGUGAAUUUCCAUGCAAUGAUUUUGCAACCCAACAAGAAAUCUAUGAAGAGACUGCGAGAUGUACUAAAUGCCCUUUUCAGACACCUGGAUGAGGCAGCUGCUGCCAACAUGAUGGAUGUUGGCAUGGAUAUCCCUGGCUUACAGCUGAACACACAAGAAUAUUACCCCUAUGUCUGCUUCAAGAUUGACAUGACCAGUAUAGACUUUGAUUCUUAG